GUUUGUUUAUCUGAACGGGAAACAUGGCGGCUGCCGGGGCUGGGAAGGUGGCAGGCACAGCUGUCGGAGCCGUAGUCAAACCAAUCUUCAGUCGGGAUUUGGCUGAAGCCAAACGGCACGUGAGAGAAUUAUAUAGAACUUGGUACCGCGAAAUCCCAAAUACUGUGCAUACAUACCAGCUGGAGAUUACAGUGAAACAGGGGCGUGAUAAGGUGCGAGAGUUGUUCAUGAAAAAUGCCCAUGCUACAGACCCCAGAAUUAUUGAUUUGCUUGUUAUUAAGGGAAAAAUGGAAUUCCAAGAAACAAUCAAUGUGUGGAAACAAAAGACCCAUAUAAUGAGAUUUUUUCAUGAGACAGAAACACCACAACCCACGGAUUUCCUAUCCAAGUUCUACACGGGCCAUGAUCCUUGAACUAAAUCAUCAAUAGAGAAUAAUGACUCUAUUUCUGUUCCAAAUAAAUGCCUUUAUCUUACUAUUCUUCAGCAAGAAAG